CACAACGCUCCUUGCUCUUCUUCAACAGUCCCCUUCUCUCUUUAUAUUCAAAAAGACUUUGAAUUUCAAAGCAAUAUAUAUAUGGCGAAAAUCGGCAAGCUAACAAAGCUUAAGUCUGCAAUAAAAAGAUGGCCGUCGCUAACGAAACUGACCCGCACCAGCAGCGCCAUAGCGGCAUCGGAUUCCGAAGAGAAAUCGAGUAUCCAGACAGGUCUUCACGCGGUUUACGUAGGCAAGUCGCGACGGAGAUACCUCGUGAGGUCGGAGAUCAUCCGCCACCCUCUGUUCCAAGAGCUGAUCGGCCGAUCCGGCGGCGGUGAAGACGGUGACGUCGUGCUUUCUUGCGAGGUCGUUUUGUUCGAGCACUUGCUUUGGAUGCUCGAGAACGAUGGAGCUCAAUUGGGUGCCAUGGAAGAGCUGGCCGAGUUCUAUUGCUAACCAAAAAGCAAAAA